AUGGCUCCCAAAAAGGCGGUCAAAGAGGAGAAAAUCUUGCUGGGCAGGCCCGGCAACAAUUUGAAGAGCGGCAUUGUUGGUCUUGCAAAUGUGGGCAAGUCUACACUCUUUCAAGCCAUCACCAAAUGUUCGCUUGGGAACCCUGCCAACUUCCCUUUCGCAACGAUCGACCCAGAAGAAUCUCGUGUCCUCGUUCCUGAUGAGAGAUACGACUGGCUUUGUGAAAAAUAUCAACCCAAAUCCCGAGUCCCCGCACAUCUUACCAUCUAUGACAUUGCCGGCCUGACCAGAGGUGCUUCAACCGGUGCCGGUCUUGGAAAUGCCUUCUUAUCACAUAUCCGCGCCGUCGAUGCCAUCUUCCAGGUGGUACGAUGCUUUGACGAUGCGGAAAUCAUUCACAUCGAAGGAGAUGUUGAUCCCGUUCGAGAUCUGACCAUCAUCAGCGAAGAGCUGCGGAUUAAAGAUAUCGAGUUCGUUGAGAAGGCGCUUGAGGCCUCCAAGAAGCUGACCCGAAGAGGCGGUCAAAGCCUUGAAAUGAAGAAGCUGAAGGAGGAAGAGGCGUGCAUUGAGAGAGUCUUGGACUUCCUUAAAGCAGGCGGUGAUAUCCGGAAAGGUGAAUGGUCUCCGAAGGAGGUCGAAUUCAUCAACCCGCUAUUUCUCCUGAGCGCCAAGCCGGUGAUAUAUCUCAUCAACUUGAGUGAGAAGGACUAUGUCCGAAAGAAGAACAAGCAUCUUCCCAGGGUUAUGGAAUGGAUUAAGGAGAACGCCGCCGGUGACCCCGUCAUGCCGAUCUCCAUCUGUCUCGAGGAGCGCCUCUCGCGCUUUGAGACCGAGGAGGAGGUCAAAAAGGAAUUGGAGACUUUAGGUGUCCAGUCAGCCCUACCCAAAGCUAUCACAACGAUGCGAAAAGCAUUGAACCUGGGAAGCUUCUUCACAACUGGCACUGAUGAGGUCCGGCAGUGGACUAUUAGGAACGGGACCAAGGCGCCACAAGCGGCCGGUGUCAUCCAUGGUGAUUUUGAAAAGACCUUUAUCCAGGCCAUUGUGUACAAUUUCUCUACCCUAAAGGAACUGGGCGAUGAAAGUGAGCUGAAGGCCAAGGGCAAAAUUAUGACGAAAGGCAAAGAAUAUGUCGUUCAAGAUGGCGAUAUUCUCUUGAUUAAAGCCGGUGCUGCUAAAGCAUAA